AGAGAAGAAGAAGCUGAUUUGGGUUCCUUUUAAUUUGAAAAAAAUUAGUGUUGAGGUUUUUGAUGAGUUUAAGCUGAUUUGCAAAAUGGGAGUGUUCGAUUUCACUGUGAUUCCGAUUCUCGAUGACCCACGUUCUCCUUCAUCACCCUCUUCAAAAUCUUGUCAUAAUAUGAUGGAGAAGGGAUUGAAAUCAAGUCAUUUACUAGUUAAAGAGAUGAACAAGAAAAAAGAAAGAAUCAGCAAGUCUAAAGCUACUAGUAGUGCUGCAGCAUCAAUGAAGUUUUGUGUAUGUGCACCCCCAACCCACCCUGACUCAUUCAAAUGUCGUCUUCACCGAGCCACCACUUCAGCUCACCCGAGAACCGUUUCGUUGUCAAUAUCAAAGAAGAUUUGCUUAUGUGCACCUGCCACCCACCCUGGCUCAUUCAAGUGUCGCCUUCACCGAACCACCACUUCAUCUCACACAAGAACCGUUUCAUCGUCCGCUCAUCACAUAAAUGGCGUCAAAGGUACAAAAAACUUGAAUCCCUUAAAGCUGGUCACGUCUUCACAAAGUGGCAGAGUCAGAAAUUCUAGCAAAGGGAAUGUUCAUGGAAAGCCUAAACUAUCGAGAUUCGGUAGGGCUGCUCUUGCUCAUGCUACUGCUGCUGCAACUUCUAGUGUACAAAUCCAACCAAUUUCUGCAGCAUUUGGACAAAUGAGUCUUAGUUAGAGAGCCAAAAGAUGGGCAAACAAGAAAAAGAAAAACUCAAGAUCAAGAUUCUACUUUUUAAAGAAGUUGCUUGAUUAAUGACUACUAGAUCUUGCUUACUUGCUCUGUAUAGUUUCAAUUUGGUAAAUACCAAAAAAAUAUGACAACUAUACAACUGUAAAUAUCUUUUUCUCUUUACUUGGGAAUGGCUUUGUAAAUAGUGACAUAUAAUCAAGAAGUACCUGCAGCAGCUACACUCAAGUUUUUAGUACUGAUGAGUGUCUUGUUUGUUAUCAAUGCUGUGUUAACUUGACUGCAAAUAUCCAUAUGUUACUAUUUC